AACAUAAAUUGCCAAAAAUAAACAAGGCUUAAAACGCUAUACAAGUUACAAGUCAAAAUAAAAUCCUACGAAGUCAGUCACAACAAAAUUGCUUUACUUUAAAUUUCAAUCGACUAAAGAAAAAAAACUUGGAAUAUAAGGUUGGCGUGUCUCGCGUAACUGUUUUCCUUACAUAUUCGUGCACUUAUCGCCUAGACCGUAUUGCCGUCAAUCUUGUAGCCAAUCUGUUCACCUACAUCGUUAAAGUUAGUUGAGUUAGGUGGCUUACGCGGGAACCUAGCAGUCUAGCCAUGUCCGUGUACCCCGACGCUCUGGAACACACCUCUAUAUACCUUCGUGCUCCCUAUGAUAGUGAAGAAAGUGAUGGAGAGGGAGGGCUCGGCAAUCUGAGUCGCCUUAUCGUACGUCCUCCCGGUCAGAGCGGUAAAGCCAAGCGUGGUCAGCUGUGUUUCGAUGCAGCCUUUGAAUGCGGAAACCUGGGCCGAGCCGACCACAUCACCGACCUGGAGUAUGACUUAUUCGUACGCCCUGACACGUGUCGACCGAGAGCCAGGUUCUGGUUUAAUUUCACCAUUGAAAAUGUUAAGCAGGAUCAGAGAGUCAUACUAAAUAUCGUGAAUUUGGGCAAAGAAACGACGUUGUUUGAUACUGACAUGACUCCGCUGGUGCGAUCUACAUCACGACCAAAAUGGCAACGAAUCCCAAGAAGACUGAUAUUCUAUCACCGCUCACUAGCACACAGAGGGCGAAAGAUAUUAAGCAUAGCGUUUGCGUUUGAUCGUGAAGAGGAUGUGUAUCAGUUCUCAGCAGCCGCCUCUUACUCCUACUCGCGGCUUCAGAAACAUUUGGCCGCGUGGGAGAAAAAAGCGCAAGCGUUUGCUACGAGACAAUCUAUCGCUCAAACAACCCAAAAACGUCGCAUUGACCUUGUCACAAUCGGGGACUACAAUUUCAAGGAAAAGGAUAAAGAUUUUAAAGAAGAAACAAUUGUUCCUAAAAUCAAGACAGCAGAGCAAAAGAAACGCGUCGUUCUUAUUAUUGCUAGGACACACGGCGGGGAACCCCCUUCUUCAUUUGUCUGUCAAGGGUUGCUGGACUUCUUGCUUGGGUCCUCUGAGAAGGCCUUAGCUUUGAGAAACAACAUAGUUCUAGAGGUAAUACCGAUGUUAAAUCCAGACGGAGUUUUCCUCGGCAACCAGAGGUCAGACUUACUCGGCGGCGACCUCAAUCGUUGUUGGAACAGAGCCACUAGCUACGCGCAUCCAGCUCUCGUAGCCGUUAACGAUCUUUUAAAGAAACUCGCUUCAGAAAAAACAGUGCAAUUAGACUUUAUUAUCGAUAUACACGGUGAUAUAAGCCAUGAGGGUGUAUUUGUUCGGGGAAAUUCUUACGAUGACGUCUACAGGUUCGAGCGACAUGCAGUACUUCCAAAGUUUCUGGGCGCUCGUAUAGAGGCCUGGAGGCCCGAAGCCUGCUUUUACAACGCGGACUCGAUCCUCGCUGGCACCGCCCGAAGAGCUCUACCCACGGGAUCUAUUGACGCUUACACCGUCCUUGUUUCAUUAGGCGGGCGGAGAUUAGCUCCUAGAGGGCCAUAUAUUCAUUACACAGAAGAUGCUUAUUCAAAAAUAGGCAGAUCCCUAGCGAAAUCUCUGUGUGAUUACUAUAGGCACAUAGGCAUCAUUCCACCAAGAGUGGGUCGAAGCAAAAAGAAAGAUCGCGGCAGACGGCGGCGUAGACGACCGGUUGUGGAACGAGAUAGGUCACCAAGUUCGUCCCCGGAGCGGCGCGUGCUGGCUGGCCGCGUGCUGUCGCCGUCUCUGCCCAAGGUGUCACCACCUGCGCUGCAGGCGCUGCCGGCGAGGUUAUCACGGCGGCCUAUAUUAAAAUCUAGGCCUCGAACCGUGGCAUAUGCUGAGAAAGUAUUGCCUUUAAUUACAGGAACUGCUGUAAAAACUCCUCGUCUAGCAGUGGUAGAUAUGAGCGCAUACAUACAAACUCCCAAAGAUUUUGUGAAACAUCGACCAGAUAAGUCGCAGCUCCGGGUUCGCAGGUCUACGCGACUUUCAAGACCCAGGUUUACCAGUGACGAGUACGACACGCGCGAAUCUGACUCCUAGACACGUCCAAAAGACUACUAUAGGUUGUGGUUUUAAUAAGGGUAAUAUAUUAAAGUUAUAUCAAAUAAAACAAACAUGAUUUUUAUUGAAACGUAUAAUGUCGAAGCUUCCAUAUUUACAAUCACUAACUUCUAUCGUUCAGUCAUCUCAUUCUUAGAACAAAUCUUAUUGAACACUAUUAUCACUACAAAUUCUACAAUCAUAACGGCAAAUGAAAAACGAGACUGAGUAUCGUUAUCGAGAUUUAUUUUUGAACAUUUUUUUUUAUUUUAUGACAAUUUUGGUUUCAACGUAAACGAUUCGACUUCA